GGUCGGUGGUACUAGGUUAAACUGAGGAUCGUAUUUUUGUUCCUGUGUCAACGAAAAGAAGAAAAGAAGAGUAGCCAGUGAGACCAGGCUAAGUUUUCAUCAAAGAUAGUUUCUUUUCUCAAACAUUACAGAAACGUUUCCUCACGUCUGACACCAGCAAGACACCAACGGCCUCAGCAGAACUCCUUUUGAAGAUGAACUCCAAUGUGGAGAAUUUGCCUCCUCAUGUUCUUCGCUUGGUCUACAAGGAGGUUUCAGCUUUAGCAGCAGACCCGCCUGAGGGUAUCAAGAUUUAUCCCAGCGAGGAGGACAUAACUGAGCUACACACAGCCAUCGAAGGACCGGAGGGAACUCCGUUUGCUGGCGGCGUUUUCCGAAUGCGUCUGGUCCUCGGGAAGGACUUCCCUGCGGUUCCACCCAAGGGGUAUUUCCUGACCAAGAUUUUUCACCCCAAUGUGGGUCACAAGGGAGAAAUCUGUGUCAACGUGCUGAAGAGGGACUGGAAGGCAGAACUCGGCCUCAGACACGUCUUACUCACAAUCAAGUGUCUUCUCAUCCAUCCGAAUCCCGAGUCGGCUCUGAACGAAGAGGCUGGGCGUUUGCUGUUGGAGGACUAUGCAGAAUAUGAGUCCCGAGCUCGUCUGCUCACAGAGAUCCACGCCAUGGGCGGGACCUCGGGGGCACCUCAGGACCCUAAUGACGGCCCACAGCCGAAGAAGCAUGCAGGUGACCCCAUGAAGAGAGCAGGGCCCAGCGCAGCAGCUGUGCCUGCUGCUCUGGGUAACGGAGCGAACGGAGCCAGCACCACCAGCAGCAAUAGCAACAGCAGCAGUAGCACUAAUAAUGUAGCAGGGAAAAAGAAAGCAGAUAAAAAGCGUGCAUUGAGGCGACUUUAAUACCUCCACGAAAUUCUCAGUGUGUGUGUGUGUGUACGUGUGCGAGCGCGGGAGUGUGUAAAUAUAAAUAUUGAAGUGUGCUGACAAUGUUUUUGUUCCCUAUUUUCUGAGUCUUUCUACCACCUGUCCAGACUAUCCACUUUGUACUCAUACCGUAACUUCUGUUUUGCCUUCAAGUUGUUGUUAUUUCCAUACCUAAAGACAUGAUGACAACACCGUCACUGCAGAAAUCAUGCCAUCCGUUGUACUUUGCCCUCGGCCUGGUGUGAAUAUAUAUGAUACAGGGAAAACAUGGCCUCUAACGUCUGUCCAUUUAUGAGACAACCACCAUCGUCUCCGACUUUAUCAGCUCUUUUAAAAGUGCUUCUUGGUGAAUGCUGCUGUGAUGGUACUGUGUACUGCUCAGCUAGGCUCACUGGUGAGUCCCAACCAGGAUGAUACUUUAAUUAAAGUCAGGUUUUUAAAUUAAACUCAAAGGAAAUAAUGGUAGAAGUUGCUAAACAAUUGUGCAUGAAGUCAGUGGGUUCACGAUUGGGGUAGAAAUAUUGUUACCGUCACACAAACUCGUGUCAUCUUUUUAAAUAGUAUUUUUCAUAUUGUGAUCUGAAUGAGAUAAAGGAAUGGCAGUGGAGUAUAAAACGUCUGUUAUAUUCAUGGAAUCUCAUCCCCCUCUUUUUUCAUUUCUUUUCUAAAAUGGUUUCACUGUCAAGUAUUUUCAAAAGUUGUUUAUAAUUGACAUGUUCAUAUUCAGCUGUCUUGUGGUUGUGUGUGAAGACCUAGAUCAGUGGCUGUUAGGGAAUGGGGUAGGUUGCCAGAUUACUUUUAUAAAAACACUUUAAAAAAAAACAACAGAAUCAUGUAUUCUCUGUAUUAAGCAUACAGUGGUGUGACUUGCUUUAACUUCUCCUCCUUCCCUACAAAGCAGCGUGUUCUCUCAGAUACCCAGCUCCCCUGACCAGCCAUGUGGGUACCUGAGAAGACAUCUGUAGGAUUAAGAAACUUCCACGUUUGAUAGAAUUUGUCUCCCCCCACCCGUUGCACUGGCAGGGUUUCCUGGGCAGGUUUUCUCUCUGUACUAAAUGCAUGCGGGGCCUACAUUUCCCAAGGAAACACACUGAAGCGCUGUCUUAAUUUGGAUGGAAAAUGUGCCUCUGAAUCUCCUGUCCUUGUGCAGACUGUCGGCUGGAUAUUUUGUGUCCAUUUUAAAUUAUUUAAAUUAAUAAAACAUUGAAAUAUGACAA